AGAAUAUGCUAGGUUUCUAGCAAUAACAUAACUAUUUCCAUAAUAUUUGAUCGCAAAGAUGUUUUACUUGCAUUUUUUGGAACUUUGACAAACUAGCUCUGAUAUUGGGUGAUCCGUGCCCUCCGUAUAACAAAGCAACAAAGUCAUAUGUAGUCUUAUGUGCAGGUGUUAAUGGUUAACAGAUGUCAGGAGUGGUCCGGAGCGCCCGUUGCAGUGUGUGUUAGUUCGCUUUGUUGUAGGAAAUUUAUUAAAAUGCAAUAUGUCAGAUGAUUUGGAUUUUAAAGGAAAUGACCCAGGCGCGGUUAGACAUGGGAAUUUUAUUAAUUAUUAUCAAUUCAACAAUGCUGAAAACAGAUUGAAGUUAUUGCCAGCGGGUAUGUGGAACGCAGAAACAGAUCAGAGCUUUGUAUGUUUGGAUAUAGGGUGCAAUUCUGGGAAUUUGACACAAGAAUUAUACAAGUUUGUUUCAACAAAUCUUUCCGUCACUUCAAGUGUAGAAAGAACUGGAAAGGGGAAAGGAGUUGCUGAUUGCCACAUUCUUGGUAUAGAUUUGGAUCCUGUGUUGAUAGUGAGGGCAGAAGAGGCGAACAAGUUCACAUCAAAUGUCACAUAUAAAUGUGUCAACUACAUGAGUGACAGUGAGAAUACAAUUUCUUUGUAUUUAAAACAACAGAACAGGAACUAUUUUGAUUGCAUAUUUUGUUUUUCUGUAACUAUGUGGAUACAUCUGAAUUAUGGUGAUGAGGGAUUAAAACAGUUUCUGAUUAGUGUUUCAGUGCAAACUAAUUUGGUUGUUAUUGAACCACAGCCAUGGAAAUGUUACAGAUCUGCUGUGCGACGCAUGAAACGAUCUGGAGGAAAUUUUCCUAAGUUUGGAAAUUUAAAAAUGCGAGAACUGGUGUCUGAUAUUGAAAAUAUUUUUCUCAAUGAAUGUAAUUUUAUAAGGAUAGAGAAGGGAAAUCCAUCUACAGACUGGGGAAGGCAGAUUUUGUUUUUUAAAAAAGUUUCAUGACAGUAGGAUGGCAAAGGUAAAGCUAUCCCUGUAAUAUAUGGAGAC